UGCAGCACAUCAACGCUUCUCGAUACUACGGGGCUGUGCGUCGACUGAAAGGUGUUUUCAGUCAAGAGCAACCGGGAGCCGGUUCAUGUACCGCGACGGUCGGCUGAAGCGUGCUGCCGAUCGGGGCGAAUCAACAUCUGUGCCGCGGUGUGUGUGGUAGGUUGUGCUGGUAUUCUCCCAGUGGUGUUCUUGCUGGUCUGCUGAUGGGAAUAAUGUUAGCUAAAGCACUGAAAUCGAGAUAAUUUCAAAAUUUAAGUGAAGGCCGUAGUGCGACUACAACUGCAUACAGCUCACUACAAACAGUAACCAUGAGCUCUGAAGAGAAAAGCAUGUCACCGGCUCACAAAGUAUCAACUCCCACUCACAGGAGCGGGUCAUCAUCUUCCUCCUCUCAAAGGGAGAGCAGGCCGGAUGGUGACAAUUGGGAAAUCAUCGAAGGAUUAAAAAUUGGACAAACCAAUGUCCAGAAACCAGAUAAACAUGAAGGCUUUAUGUUGAAAAGAAGAAAAUGGCCCCUGAAAGGUUGGCAUAAGCGUUUCUUUGUCCUUGAAAGUGGAAUGCUGAAAUAUUCUAAGACACCAAUUGACAUUCAGAAAGGCAAACUUCACGGAAGUAUUGAUGUUGGGUUGAGUGUCAUGUCAAUCAAAAAGAAAACACAGCGGAUAGACCUAGACACAGAAGAACACAUAUAUCAUCUAAAGGUAAAAUCUCAGGAAGUGUUUGACGCUUGGGUAACAAAAUUGCGUCAUCAUCGUUUGUACCGUCAGAAUGAAAUUGUGCGCUCACCCAGGGAUGCCAAUUUUCAUGUCUUCCCUGCAUCACCAAAACCUGAUCUCUCACCAGCUCUAACUACUGCUGUAUUAGAUGUAAAGCCCCAGCAGAACAAUUUCACACGGCAGCCCUCCAUUCCAUGCAGUACAAGUCUACCUACUUCCUAUAGCAACAGUCAAACCAAAGUUGCAGCAUGGUUGCUGGAAUCUGAAGAGAUGAAUAAAUGUUCAAAAGACCUUGCACAUUGCCAAUCAAGUCUGGUGGAACUCAGCAAACUAUUACAAAAUCUAGAAAUUCUACAAAGGACACAGUCAGCUCCAAAUUUCACUGACAUGCAGGCUAAUUGCAUAGAUAUUACAAAGAAAGAUAAGCGUGUCACCAGAAGAUGGAGGACAAAAAGUGUCAGCAAAGAUGGAAAAAUGCAGCUUCAGGUUCCCUCCGGUGCUACUAUGUCUCCCCUUCGCUUGCACUCUUCCAACCCCAAUCUAUGUGCUGACAUCGGAGAAUACCCAAUACAACCAAGUCCACUAUCAGAGUUCCCUGAUUCCUUCGCGGAGUUCACUAAACUUCAAGAAGAAUUUUGUCUUAUUGCGCAGAAAGUGCAGUGUCUUUUAAAGUCUGCCUUCAACACAGUAGCAAUCGAAAAGGAGAAGUUGAAGCAAAUGCUCUUGGAGCAAGAACAUUCUGGCCACAGUUCUCAGUUCUUCACUCUUAGGAGAACUCUUUCCCAGCCAAGCGACAAGAUUCAUGUCACUAUCCCAUUGUCACAGCAGGACUCUAAUGGGAGCAGGCUCUCUAUGUCUGAAUCAGUUUCGGAAUUUUUUGAUGCUCAAGAAGUACUUCUGUCAGCAAGCUCUUCAGAGAAUGAGGGAUCCGAUGAUGAAUCAUACGUUAGCGAUGUCAGUGACACUAUUUCGGAAGACAAUGCCAGUGUUGCAGAGAAUGCUUCUCGUCGAUUUUCUGAUGGUGAACUCAUGGGGGGGGUGUUUCGAAAUGGCAGACGCACAUGCCUUCCAGCACCUUCACCUGAUACAAGUAGCAUUAAUCUGUGGAACAUUCUGAGAAAUAAUAUUGGAAAAGACUUGUCCAAGGUUUCUAUGCCAGUUGAGCUGAAUGAGCCCCUGAAUACUCUGCAGCAUCUCUGCGAGGAAUUGGAAUACUCCGAAUUGUUAGACAAGGCUGCUGAAACAGAUGAUCCAUAUGACCGAAUGGUUAUGAUUGCUGCAUUUGCAGUUUCAGGAUAUGCUACAACAUAUUACAGAGCCACAUUUAAGCCCUUUAACCCAGUCCUUGGAGAGACAUACGAAUGUAUUCGAGAAGACAAGGGAUUCAGGUUCUUUGCAGAACAGGUCAGCCACCACCCACCCAUUUCUGCCUGUCACUGCGAAUCAAAGAAAUUUGUGUUUUGGCAAGAUGUCAGAUGGAAGAAUAAAUUCUGGGGGAAAUCUAUGGAAAUACUUCCCGUGGGAAGAGUGAAUGUCCUGCUGCCAAAAUAUGGAGAUCAGUUUGAAUGGAAUAAAGUUACCACCUGUAUACACAACAUUCUUAGUGGGCAACGUUGGAUAGAACACUAUGGAGAAAUUACCAUUAGGAACACAAAAAACAAUGCGUGCAUUUGUAAACUAAGCUUCAUUAAGGGGAGUUACUGGAGUUCAAAUGUAAAUGAAGUUCAAGGGUUUGUGAUGGAUCAGGAAGGGAAAGUGGUGCGACGGCUCUUUGGCAAGUGGCACGAAGGGCUGUACUGUGGAGUUCCCCCCUCUGCUAAAUGCAUAUGGAGACCAGGCUCCAUGCCAACAAACAGUGACAUGUAUUAUGGCUUCACUAGAUUUGCAAUUGAGCUGAAUGAAUUGGAUCCUAUGAUGAAAGAGUUCCUCCCACCUACUGAUGUUAGAUUUAGACCAGAUCAAAGAUACUUAGAAGAAGGUAAUAUCCAAGCCGCUGCGUCUGAGAAGCGCAGAAUCGAAGAAUUGCAAAGGGAACGGAGAAGGCAUAUGGAAGAAAGCAAUACUGUUUAUCAGCCUCAGUAUUUUAAGAAAGUUUCUGAAGGUAAUCAAAGAGAAUCCUGGAUGAGCACUGGGAACUACUGGGAACUACGAAAGGAUCCAGGGUUCAGUAAAUUAGAAAUUUCAGCACUCUGGUAAUUUGAAGAAGUAAAGAUAACAUUCUUCACAAGAAAAAAGAAAUUAACUAUGCAUAAGUUAUUGCUGUUUCAAAUCCUAUUGCGUUCCUGUGGUUUAGCUGGUCAUAUGCUAAGGUAUGCCUGUUUAGUAACAGGUAUAAUGAGGAAUAGGCCAUGACCCAGACACUGCUGGUUUACGAUAUUGUUUUCCACUAAAGCUGUGAAUUUUUGGUAAACCAAAAGUUAAAUUUAAAGUGAAUGCACAAUAGGGAUGGCUGUUUGACAGUCAUAUAUUUAUUAAAAUAGUAUAAUCUUAAUGAAGCAUUAACAAUUAUCACAGCUUUUUGCUAGUGUUUCAUCAUUCAUUUUCAUGCCUUAUAAGAACAGCAAAUAUAUUAAAAAAAACAUUUUUAUUCCGAAAACUUACUGAAUCUCAACUAGUUUUUCAAAUUCAAGUUAUCAUAUCAAAAGUUUAUUCCUGAUGUAUUUUAACCUAAUUAUUAAGUUAAUCCCAUUCAACCUUUACAACUACUUCCUUCUACUGUUCAGGCAGCCUCAUUAUUGAUUGACUUCCAUUUGCAUUUCAUGUUAAUUUUUAAAAAUUGCUUUAAAGUAUAUAUUUUUUCAGUAAUAUUUGUUUACUGAUGGAUGUGCAAAUAAAGUCCUACUGUCUCUAACAUCAGCCUUGAAGGUGCAAAUAAUAAAAUUUGUUGACAAGUAAUGCACUCAAGUACACGGAGUAUAAUGAAUUUACUGUCAGUAGACAUUUGUUAGUCAAUUUGGUUUGCUAGAUAUGAGCAAAGUUAGUACAAUAAAAACCUGCUAUUGAAUGCUGUGUUAAUGGAGAUGUUAACUUAAAGGCUAAAUAUGCAUAGAAGCCAAUCCACAAUAGCGCUAAAUGGAAUAGGACUAGAUAUUUCUGAGUGGGGCCAUCACAGCCCAAGCUCAGUGCCUGCGUUUUCGAUCCUGCCUGAACAUGCCUUCUGCAGUUCAGGAAGACCCAUCUUGUGACCCAGACUGGCCUGUAGCCAGUGAUGAGUCAAUAAAUGAUACAAAGCCUCAAGUGAUGCAACAGGGGUGUUGAGGUUGUUGAAUGGGUAGGAUAUUCCCCCUAUCCAAACCUCCUUAGGGUGUGCCCUUGACUGCCAGUAAAGACCUGCCCCUUGCUUUAAAAAGUAAAAUCAACUAAAAGCAUUCUAAAAUUAUAAUUUAUCUUAGUCUUUUUUUUUCCCCUUGAAGUCCUUUAAAUUUAAUCAGAUAAAUGGGCUUACAGGUCAUGUGCUGGUGAUAAGAUCUUGCACAAGGUCCAAGGUCAGAUCCCCUGACAAAUUUCAACAAAAUGGAAAUUGCCAGCAGAACCCAUCAAAAAAGUUAGAUUUCUCCAGGUUGAGCAGAUACCCUAAACUUUACGGCUCUUUGCAGCAGUUCCACAUAAAACCCCAGAAUAAGGUUUCAUAUGAUAGUUUUUCUUACAACAGUAUAAAACCUGAAUGUGUUCUUAAUGCUACAUGCAUUUUCAUUUUAUUUUAAAUUAUUUCUGAAUAACCAUGUUUCCUUUAUCUGGUAUGGUCAUUAGCAUUUUCCUUAAGUUUCAAAGGUGCAAUGUCUCCAACAUAGCAGGCUGAAAUGCGUAUAUGCACUGCAACCUGAUUUUAUGUAAAAGGUAAUGAAUAAUGAGAAAUGUUAAAUUUUGAAGUUCAACAAAUUUGCACAAAAUUAUCUUCAAGUAUUUUCAAGCCUGUGUAGCCAGCUAGCCGAUUGAUAAGUUUAAUCGAUAUACAAUACUAGUUGAUGUUGAAUGCAUUUGUUUAGAUCUUAUGUUUCCUUGUACAAAAGGAACAUUUUAUCAGUCAAUUCAUAAAUACAUUGUACUUUAAAAUGUGGAAUGUUAAGAUCUGUUACUGCAGCAAUUAAGUAACAAUUUUGAUUUUUUAUUGUUUUAAUAAUAAAAUUCCACCUAGCAACAGUUGUCAGCUGAGAACAUUGGUUCCAGAAGAAAGUUGGAACUGGGCUUGUCAGCCAGUUGCUGGGCUGUACUUUUUUGUUUUUUCAUGUUUUGUGGAACAUUGAAUGUUGAUAUAUUUUGUUCAAGUUUGUGUUUUCAUUUUCUCAUACCAUCAAUAUUCCAGUUGCUUAAGCAAGAGUAAAUUUUUUUUUUUGCUUUCUGGCAUUAUGAAAAUAAUAGUACCCAGACUUUACUCAAUUGAACAGAUGCAGACAGAGAUGGCUGCUCUCAGAGAGGAACCGUAAAACUGUAAAUGAAGUGCACACAAACUUAAAAAGCUUAACUUUUCAAAAAAACUGUUAGGACAUUGCACCAUAAAUAUGUCCUUUGUUUGCAUCUGGAUUUCAGCAACUUUUUACAGGUGUAUUUCCAAAGAAGUGCAUUCAGUAGUGAGAAUGUGUAAAUACCAUCAGGUUUUGCCAUUGUAUAAAAGCCAUCUUAAUAUUCUAAAAUCUUUUGUUUAAACAAUACUCAAAAGCGUAUUACUGUUCUUAAUCUGCUGAUAUUACCCAUCUUUAUGAAUAGUGUCUUCAAUUUUAAUACAUCAAUUAAGCAGUCUUUUUUAUCUUGAAAUUACAGGUAUUUGAUUUGAAAUCUAAAUUCAUCUUAGGAAUUGUUACUUGUCCUAAAUAGCAAAACAACAUUAGCUAAAUAGUAAUUCAAUACAUUUCUUUUGGUUUUACUUGACUAUUAACUUUUAUGAACAGUAAUUCUACUGGUGUGCCUUAAGGUUCAUGUGCUGAAAAGUUAAAUCUAUUGAGGUAUAGUCCUAAGGCCAAAAACGGGGAUAUCAACGUAGUGUAUUGGGUUUAAAAUAAUAUUGGUUCUAAUUAAGUAACUUUAUUAGUUUUUCUAAAAAUUUAGUUUCAGAAUAAAACCUCUUCAGUAAUAAGAUAUUAAACAUUUUACUGACCGCAGCUGUCACAGAAUGAAAAUCUUGACGCAGUUCAGCUGGAUAUGUGUAGGCAAGCAGAUUACAAAGCUGUGCUGCAGUCACAUAACAUCUGUUUUAGUAUCCCGUUACAUUUUCAAACAACUGAUAUUUGCAUCAUAUCCUCAUUUUGAUUCCCUUCUCCACCAUAUCCCAAGCUGAAAUUCGUUUUUAUGAAUUAACAAGCAUUAAAAGGGAAGUAUCUUUCAUACUAAAACAUUAGACUUUGCAGAACAAAGUGAACAACUUUGUACCUGUACUAUAUAUUUCAACAGGUGUAUACUUUUCUGUAUAUUCAGGCUGUGCCUGACUUAAAUAGAUAAUGAAUUUUAAUAUGUUUGUUUAGAGGAUUUCACACAGCUGUGUCCGUUGCAAUGUAAAUUCAGUUGCAUGUGCAAAUACAAAUUAGCCUGCUAAUGAAUGUUACUAAUGCCUUACCAAAAGGUCUGCAGUCAUGAUUUAUUGUCUGGUAAGACGAAGAUCUGACUAAACCUGAAAGUGAUGCUUAAAUUGAUAACUGAAGUGCGUAUUUAUAAGAACCCCUGAAGAAGUGCAAUUGUUAACUAAUACAUAUACAUACUUAUAUUCUGCACACUGCUGCUAUUUGUGCUUGUUCUAAUAAAACUGUAUGGCUUCAUUGGAGCUAUUGAUUGUUUCCUCUUCAGUCUUAAUUUGUUCAGUUAAUUAGUUAAUGAGAAAUAGAUCACUGGUUUCUGAUUUUUUUUUGAAAUCUUGCUUCAGAAAACAAUCUACAUUCAAAAUUGUAGAAUUGCAGUAUAAAUAAUAAUUCAGUCUAGAUUCCCAUCUUAGUAAUUCAUGUUGUAUUGUCUUCCUUUUGGGAUAAAGACU